AUGAACUCUCGCACCUUCGCUCUCGUCUUUGUCGCCGUCGCCGCCGCCGUUCACGGUGCCCCCGUCUCUGACGCUUCGGGCCCCCAGCCAUCUGGCGGCUUCCCAGCUAUGCCUAGCGUCCUUCCGCCCUGCGCUGUACCCUCUGGCAGCGGCGUUCCUCCGUUCGCAAUGCCCUCCGCCGGUGUUGCCCGCCGCCAGGAGGACGGCUCGUUCGCGCCCAGUGGCUCCUUCCCUGCCGCUUUCCCGGAUGCCAGCGGUUUCCCUGGUGCCGCCCCUUGCGACCCGUCUGCCCUCAUGGAUCAGCUCCCUAGCGACGCUGUUUCCUUCGACGGUGCCUUCCCGAGCGCCUUCCCGAGCGACAUCCCGUUCUCGGUGGCCUUCGCGGAGCCGUCCGCAUCUGGCUUCGUCCGUCGCCAGGCGUCUGCCCCUGCCAACUCCGCUGCCCCUACCGGCUCCAGCGCUCCGUCCUUGAGCGUCAGCUUCGAGGGCGCCGCGCCCUCUGCCUCUGCCUCUGCUGGUGGCUUCGGCGGCUUCGCAUCCCCGGGCUCUGGCGGGUUCAGCGGCAGCUACGGCUCCGUGUCCUUCUCGGGCUCGUUCCCUGCCCCGUCCGGUGGCGCUGGCUUUGCCGGCGCGCCGGGCUCUGGCCCGAAGACGUCUGGUGUCCCGUCCGCACCAGUGGCGGCCCCCUCUGCCAGCGCGAGUGCUGAUGCCGGCUCCAACUAA